UUUCCAGUUAUAAGAAAACUUUCGGCCUGUGAACAACUUAAAAUUGCAAGAAUUCAAUCGAAUUUUGAUAAAGAUUAUUUUAUUUUUUGUGUAUAAACAAUAAUAAACAACAAACAAUAAUAAAAAUGGAGUUAAACAAUCGUCUACUUUUGAAAGUUAUCGAAUUGGGACUUUGCAUUGCAUGCGUCAUCUUUGCAGAAAUAUUAUGUGGAACCCUUUCACAUAAGCCACUUAUUGUCUAUGGUACAAUCGCUGGAUACACUGUUGUGUGCUCUAUUUUAUUAGUUGGUCACAUUUUGAAUUCCAUCAUUGAAAAGCGCAUCAACGCUCUAUUCUCUAUCAUCGGUUGCAUUUUGUUCAUCGUUUCUGGUGCACUGAUCAUUGAUGAAUGGCAUGAUGCCACUGAAUUCUUAUACAAAGAUUCCAAACGUGAUGCUCUUGCUACUGGAUCUUUGAUGAUCAUCAAUGGAGCUGUAUUCCUUUUGGAUACUUUGUCUAUUUGCAAAUCAUAAAAUAAUCACAUUUCCAAAAAUAUAAACUCUUUUUAAAGAAAUAAAUAAAAACAAAAAUCUUAAUAUUAAGAAUGAACAAAUUUUAUAUAUUUAUAAUGUAGUAUGCGCAUUAAUGUGAGACAAACAUAAUAAUUAUUAUUAUUUAUAACAAUUAUAUGUAACUGAGAACAAUCCAAAGUAAACAAAUACUUUAAGAACAAUGUUUAAUAUACAUUUGGGAUCCAUCCAUAAAAUAAAAUUAAUAGUUGUUAGCAUUUUUUUUUUAUUAUUAUUUGCAAAUGAUUUAAUUUUGUAAAUUUUUAGCUAUACAUGUAUUGUUACCAUCAAGGAUAAAUAUUUUAUAUAAAAAAGAACUGUACCUAUCUCAUGUUUUCAUAAUAAAAACUCAACAACAAAUUAAAUUUAUUUACGCACAAAAUAA